AUGGGCGCUCAAUCGCGCACCAGGUAUGCUUACUACUAUCCAGACAAACACCCAAGCCUCUUCGUCUCCUUCCUCGGCGCCGGCCAUCAAGGCACUGCGAUCCUCGUCCGCUCCACUGUCAACCACAAGCUCUACGUUCGGAAACGCACACGCCCAAGCAUCCACCAUGCCGCCGCCAAAGUCUCCAACGAAACGACGAACACCAUCGCGCACCCGCACAUCCCACGCCUGAUCUCUCAGACCCCAUACCGCCAACGCUCCCUCUUCCUCCCCGAGCCCCUAAUCUGGCGCCUCAUGCACCAUAUUCUGACCACCAUGCUUUACCUCCACACCAAGAACAUCGCGCACGGCGACCUAAUCAUCGACAACAUCUUCGUGCACUGGCCCGUUGGCACGACCGACUGGCCCGCCGAGCCCACCUCCCCACCCGACUUCCUGAUCGGCGACUUUGGCUGCAGCUACACACUGCCUCCAGACCACGCCGCCAAGCGCCAGCACCGCGUCACCGACACCCACCAGGCCAUCCACAAAGACCUCGCCUCCGUGUCAGAGUGCGUCGACAUCGCCAUGGCCGGCCCAUGGCACGACGUCGAUGAGACCGCCCAGGCCAUCCGAGCCAAGGCCCGCUACAGCGGUGCCCUGCUACGCGCUUCCGAGACACUAGCCCAGCUUCCCGGCCUGCUGCAGCGCUUCAAAGUGUCGCGUACGGAGGACGGCGAGAUGUUUGAUAGGGUAGUCAAGCCGCUGAAGCUGGAGAUCGAGUGCGCAUUGAAGGAAGCGGAGAGGAUGGGGCCGAAGCCGGAUUAUACGCGUGUCCGGCCGAGGAGUCGGGAGUUGAACAGGGGCGCGUUCUCGUACGAGACGAGCGAGGACUUGUUGGCGUGUUCGUUUCGGCCGCCGGGGCCGUGGUGCAUUGCGGAGGUGGACUUGGAUGGGAGGUUGAAGGAGGUGGAUUUGGGGAGGAGGUUCUGUGAGGAGGAGGCUAUGGUGACCCUGGGCGGGAUUGAGAUGGAGGGUGGUCAAGUCUGGGAGGAGUGGCCGGAGGCUUGUGGCUAG